CAUGUAAAUUACGAGGCUUAUGACAUAACUAUAUAAUUCCGUUUGCUGAUAGUAAAAAAUAUUUAUACUGUCUUUCUAACAAUACUUUAGUAUUGUUUUAGGAAUAUUAAGUUGUACAGCCUUUAUCAUAAUUUUGGUUUGGGGAAGGGGCAGUAAUGGCGGCGUAUGUUGAUUAAUUAUAUACUUGUUUCUUUUAGUCAAGGAAUGAAAGUGAAGUAUGAAUGUUGUGGUGGAUUUGUUGAAGAGAGCAGGGAGUUUAAGUUGGACAACUGUGUUGCUUGAUAAGUUUUCUUAAAUAGUAUUGCUAAAUAUUUUUGUUCGGAAUAUGGCGCAAUGUAAAUUGACUGCUCAUGAAUUUAUACAAAAUACGUUUUCACCCAUGGUUGCUGUCAUGUGCAGCCCAAUGGUGAAUCAGAUUUGCCAAAAAAAUAACUUGUCAUUUAUCGAAAUGGUUCAACCUUUUUGCAAAAUACAUACUGAAGCUUACAUUCGUGACCCGUCUGGCACGCCGGUACAGGUUAAAAAUCUACGCAUUUCUAUGCAAGAUGUAAAUGCAAGGCCGCCAGAACCACUGCUCGCGAGAAAGUUCCUCAAUGAAUCUGUGAGUCACUCUUACAGUGAGAAAACUACAUCCUUUCAGAUUGGUGCUAAUGAAAACAUUGAUAUUCCUUCAUCUGUUCCUUGGUUCGAUGCCUGGAGAGAGACGUUCUUGCAAGUGCAGUUUCCGUCGGACCACGAGUUCACAAAGCAUUUCAUUGCUUGCGUGCUGGUGGUGUCGACGGCCGAGCCCGGCCCCGCCGAGGCGCUCCAGCGAAUGGGGCAGGAGCUCCAGAGGCUGCAGAGCGUCACCCCGGCCAAGCUGCCCAAGUGGUUCGGCCCCGGGGCCCUCCGCUACCACGUGCUGCUGCACGACCCCGCCUGCUGUGAGCCGUCCGCCGCGGAGCUCGCGCUCUCGGCCGCCCGGACCACGCUCGGGGACGCCCCCUGCUGCCUGCUGCCCGUCAACUCGCGGGCCGCGGGGCCCGGCGAGGGCCAGGCGCUCCUCCCGGACCCCUGGAGCCAGUUCCUGCUGCGCCGCGCCGACAGCUCGGACUGGAACGACCACGACAGCAGUCCGCGCACGCCGGCGGAGGGCGGCUCUGCGAUGGCCUCCUCGCUGGAACUGGGGCAGGAGGCGGGGGAGAGCACGGCCGUGGCUGUGGUUCACCACCCCCUCAGCCCCGAGUGCGGCCAGGAGUCGGCAGCCGACGAGGCGGUGGCCAACAACGUGGGCUCGACGGGGAACCACGUCAACUCCGACGUGUGGGCGGGGCAGGCCCCCCGCGUCCCGCCGAGGUCCCAGCACGGGGCCUGCUUGACCAGCGACGACCUGGAGCGGCUGAGGGCGUUCGUGCAGGACUUCUGCACCCGGGCGCUCCUGCCGCACGUCGAGCAGCAGAUACAGCAGUUCAGCGACCUGAUCUCGAACAAGAAGGGCAUGAGCCGGUCGCUGUUCAGCGCCACCAAGAGGUGGUUCGGCAGCAACAAGCCGGGCUCGCCGGGAGUCAACGCAGCCGCCAACGCUGUCGUCUACACGAGCGACGCUCCGGAGCUGCAGCUGCGGCGGCUGGGCGACCUGUGCUUCAUGUUCGGGCUGCACGCGGCCGCCUUCCAGGCCUACCACUCCGCCAAGCGGGACUUCGGGGCGGACCAGGCCUGGCUGCACUACGCGGGAGCGCUGGAGAUGGCGUCCCUCGCCGCCUUCAUGCAGGGCGAGGCGUCCAAAAAGACGCAGGACUACAUGGAGGAGGCCAUCCUCACCUACCUCAACUCCUGCAGGAUGCAGCAGUUCGCGACGCGCGCCACGCUGCUCAGCGCGGAGUGCCUGAAGGCACGUGGCCUCCACGCGGAGGCGGCGCGCCAGCUGACCCGCAUGACCAGCGAGGACUCCGACCUGCGCAGCGCGCUGCUGCUGGAGCAGGCCGCCCUCUGCUUCCUGCGCUCGGCGCGGCCCCGCUCCGUGCGCAAGCACGCCUUCCACGCCGUGUUGGCGGGCCACCGCUUCUCCAAGGCCGGCCAGCGCCGCCACUCCCGCCGCUGCUACCGCCAGGCCCUGCAGGUGUUUGAGCACAAGAACUGGGGCCUUGCGGAGGACCACAUCCACUACACGAUCGGGCGCACGGCGCUGCACCUGAAGCAGGUGGCGGAGGCCGCGCAGUCCUUCGCUCGCCUGCUGCACCCGGGCAGCUGCCAGCCGGCCGCCCAGCAGGCCUCCUUCCUGCGGGAGUACCUGGCCGCCCAGCUGCAACUGCGGGAGGAGGGCGGCGAGGAGGGCGGUGCCCUCCCGGUGCUCCCGCUGCCCGUCAUCGUGGGCAACUCGGUGCGCGUGCUGGUCGGCCCCCUGCAGUCCCAGCUGCCCCGCGACCCUGCCCCCGGCCGGGUCCCCGCCUCGGGGGUCCUAUUCUCCGACGACUGCUCCGACGACACCAGGUGGCGCAGGCUGGAGGAGCUGCUGGUGACCGAGGCGGAGGGAGCGUUGCCGAUGGUCUUCAGGCCCACGGUGCAUCUGUUCACCAGCGCCACCAUCAGCGCCAGCCGGCCCGUCGCCGUGGUCGGAGAGCCUGUGUUUGCCUGCGCGUCCCUGCGCAACCCUCUCCACAUAUCCCUGAUGCUGCGGAACGUGUUCCUGCUGUGGGAGUUUGCCUCCGCGUCGGCGCGGACGGGCAACGAGACGAGCGCAGGGGAGGCGUGCAAGCUGGUGGACACCCAGGUCCUGGAGACGUUCGUGCUCCGGCCCGACUGCACGGAAGACGUGGUGCUGUGUGUGACGCCCACCGUGGUCGGUACGCUGCACCUCAGAGGCGUAGCGUACAGCAUUGCCAACCUCGCCCCUCCGGCCCCCAGCGAGGCGGGCACGGCCGCUCCUCAGCUCGUGCCGGGCAAGCAGCUGUUCGCGUUGACGCAGCCGCCGGUGAAGUCUCCGAGAGACAAGGCCUCGCCGGAGGAGCACUUGCGACUGGAACUGACGGUCGUGCCAUCGGCGCCGUGUCUGCAGGUGGUGUUCGCGGGCCUGCCCACGGAGAUGCUGUGCGGGGAGCUGCGGCCGGUGACGGUGGAGCUCACCAACACGGGCAGCGCCCCGCUCUCGCGCCUGCUCGUCGCCUGGUCGCUGCCCGAGAGCUUCUCCCUGGAGGAGCGGCCGCGGCCGGCCCUCGGCCCGCAGCCCGUGGCCCGGGUGCCGCUGCCGGGGGGGCUGGCCCCCGGGGCCACGCGCGCUGCCCGCCUUUGGCUGCGGGCGCCCGACACCAGGGCCACCGCCCUCGUGCACGUCAUGUUCUACUACGAGAACAACACCCACGCCGUCCCCAGGUACCGGCUGGUGCGGCACAGCUGGCAGCUGUCCGUGCUGAGCUCCGUCGAGGUGUCAGUGACGGCGCGGAGGAGCCGAGCGCCUUCCCGCGACGAACCUCGGGAGCUCCUCAACCUCGCCUUGUGCCUGAAGAACAGCAACCAGGUGCAUGACCCUGUGAUGACUGAAGUUACGCCAGUUCAGCUGUCGGUGGCAAGUAGGACGUGGCGGCUCGUCGACACUGUGUUCAUUCCGAGGGAAUCAAUGCUGCAGUCUCAAGAAUCUGUGCACUUUUUGGCGAAAGCCUGCAGGAGAGGAGGAGGAGGUUCCAGCGACAGCUUGUUCUCGGACGUGGUGUUGGGGGGCGAGGGGGUGGCCAGCGCGGGGGAGAGCCCCUACUCGGACUUCUACCACCACCACUUCCCGGAGCGGGGGGCGGACCCCGACGGAGACACCCGCGAGGAGGCCGUGGACAAACUGGAGACAGCGCUGAGCCUGGACCUCGUCGUCAUCGUGCGGUGGCAGGCGGCCGUGGAGAGCGGCGCGGGCGUGCGCCGGACGGUGAUAGGCCAGCACCACGUGCGGCUGGAGCGGCUGGAGGAGACCAGCUCCUGGCCCCGGCCCCCCGCCCCCGCCCGACCGCUCGACCCCCUGGCCCAGCUCGGCCGCAUGCAGCACCUCGUCGUGUGCACCGCGCAGCACGCCCCAUGCGUCACCCACGACUUCUCCCGCGCCCGGAUAUGCGUGGUUCCUGUCGUGCUGUCGUUGCAGAACUGCUGCGACAGCCUGCUGGCUGUCAAGGUCAGCAGCGUGGGCUGCAACGCGCAGCCGGGCCCGGGCAGGAGCCAGCUGUACUCCCCGCACUGUCCCGGGGGCUGCCGCUGGGUGGGGCCGGCGAGCUGCUCCCUGGAGCUGCCCGCCCACGCGUCGCGCUCCGUGCAGCUGCGCCUGGCCGUCGCUGGCCCGGGCACCUUCGGCGUGGGCGCGGGGCUGGAGGUGCGGUGCGGCGUCCCGGGGGCCCCCGAGGCCGACCACGUGGCCCAGGCGUGGCGCGCCCGGUCCUCCCUUGUGGUGCGCGACGCCUCCUCGCGACCUCCUCCCCGCUUCCCACGAGUAGACGAGCAACCGAAUGGAUAGUCGUGCACGUGAAACAAAAUUAUUACAUCUUCCGCCGACUCUCCAAUUUCCCGUGCUGUUGUGGUCAAAGAUUGUAAUUAUUUCUGAUGGAAACUUUACACGUAAUAUUUAUUAACAAGAUUUGUUUUUUUUACAGAUUAUUUUUGGCUUACUGUUGCAUAGUCAAUAUUUUUAUUGUUUGUGUAAAUUUCAACGUUGAAGUUGAGAAUUUAUUCUUAAAUAUAAUUUUAUAUAUAUAUAUAUAUAUAUAUAUAUAUAUAUAUAUAUAUAUAUAUAUAUAUAUAUAUAUGUAUGUAUGUAUGUAUAUAUAUAUGUAUGUAAGAAUAUAUAUACAUAUAUAUAAAAAAUUUCAUUUACGUCACUUGCAAAUAAUCAGGACAAAAACACACUCCGGCGUAAGUUAAGUCAGUGCAUCAGAAAUCGUCGAAAUGAGAUGGUAUCUCUUGCGCACAUCUCUCUGGGGUUGGACGCGUGGCACUAACCCGAAGCAAGUCUGUGCGAGUCUGUUCCACCCGGGGUCCAGUUUUCCACGUGCAGAAAUAGGCAGUAAUAUUUUAUUCGAAGAUGUAUUUAUUCUAGUUACAAUAAAUUACUGCGUUUACAUUGGACUAUCCGAAUGUCACUUUUGAUUUUUCUCGGAAAUGAACUAUUUUUUAUUUUUAUUUUAUUGUCAAGCAAUUAUAUGUAGUAUUGUGGAAAAUAAUUACAUAGUGCUACGGAAUACAAACAUUUUUUCUCUUACAAAGUAUUUCAGUUGUGCGAUUGCAGACUUAUUAGGAAAAACCAAUCUUCUUCUGCCUUAACUAAUCUCGUCAAAUCAUAAAGUUUAUUCAUAGCAAAUUCAACUAUUUCUUGUGGACUUGCAUGUUGAAGGUGUUUUUUUUUUUUUUUUUUUUUUUUUUCUGUCUGGAUCUAUUGUCAAAGUUAAAUUAAAGUUAAGAAUUUUCAUUAUCAUAUUUAGUGUUGCCUUUGUUUUACACCUGUUUUUAGUUUUUUUUUUUUUUAAAUUUAAAAUUAUGACUACUUCUGUUUGAUUUUCUCUGUCUUGUUAAUUUUGUAGUAAAUUUCAUAAACUGAUUGUAUUUAGAUUGAAAUUAUACAUAGCUUAUUCAAUAAUUGUUACAAGUUUUUGUACAAAAAAAAUUGUUCGGAUUAAGAUACAGCAAAAUUAUAGCUUUACAGAACUUAGUGAGCAUUUAUAUUACAAUUAAUGUAAGAAACACACUACUUUUACUUUGUCUACAUUUGUAGGUAUUUAUUAGUGAUAUAAAUUAAUUCUAUAAAAAAUUAACGAUUGUCAGUGUAUGGAACUAAAAAUGUUACAAUAUUAAGUUAAUUAAGCUGUAUGUCUAAAUUGAGGGAGGGGGGGGGAUGUAGAUUUUUGUUUUUUUUUUGCAUGUAUACUCUUUUCUCACAUUGGCUUCUUCACAAUUAGCUGGUUGCAUAAAUAUAUUUCUUUUUCUUCUCCUUGCAAUCUAAUUUAUUAAAAACACUUUUAUGUAGAAAGUAGUUGGAAAAAUUCUAAGCUUUGAAACACUUUGUAUUGUAACUCUUAAAAGAAUUUACAAUUUUGCUCAAAGCCAAGAUAAACAUUUUUCAACUUAAGCUUACUGUGGGAAAAUGUUGGACUACUUACUAAUUUAGAUGUCUUAUAAUAGACACUGAAACAAAUUAUAAUCUUUUUAGUACAUAUUGGAAAAUUAUUUGUGUUUUGAAAGGCUAUUAGAAAAUGGUCAUGCUGUGUCCAUCCAAAUGUUUGUUUGACAAAAUGUUUGUACUGAAAAAUUGUAUGACAAUGCAUUUUGAUUAGAAACACUAGUUUGCACUGUACUGAGAUUAUUUAAUUUUUUCUUCUUCUUUUUAAUAUAGUUGGGAUUGUAUAUGAGUUUAAUUAAGCCUAUGCAAAAUCUUAAUGAUAUCCUUUUAUGGAUGAAAACUUAUUACUGUAAGCAAAGAAGCAGGAAAUUUCUGUGAUACAUAUUUGAGUAUUUAGUGCAAUUGGCACUUUUCAGUUACUUCAAUGCCUUGAAGAUGAACCAAAAUAACUUGUUUUACGUUCAAACAGAAUGUAUGAUUUGUCUUUGGUAGUGUUACAGCGAGUGUGUUUGUAUUUCUGUUAGUAACCUCAUAAUUGGAGGUUUGGAUUUUGUGGUACAGAUUAACUAUUUAUUUUAUAUAGUUUAUUUUUGUUUGUAACAUUAACUGUUGUAAUAUAAUUAUUUGUUAUGUUGUGUUAUUGUGACCAUAAAGUUUAUAGGUCUUACCAUGUCUGUAGAUUUUUUUUCCUCAGGUUUUUUUUAGCAUUAUUAUUACUAUUAACAUUAAUUUUGUGGAUGGUGUGAUCGAGUCUUCCAACAAUUUGGAAUGUGUACGUAAAACUAUCACCACAUGAUUGCACAGCAAGUCCCAGUGUGAUUGGUGGAAGCGUGUGACCGGAAUACCUGCCUGUAGGAGGUGCUGACAGGUAAGUAUCCCCCCCCCCUCCCCCAGGGCGUGAGGUGCUUCGGAUAAUGGAAGUCCAACAGAAAACUUUAAAUGUUCGGAUUUCAUUUUGAGAGAAAAAAAGUUCUCAAAUAAAAAAAAAUAUAUAUCAUGUAAACAAGAAAUUCAUGGUCCACUAUGUUUAACUGCGUAUGGGUCACGUACAACCCUUAAUGCGAGUUCUUUAACAUUUCCAAACGGAUGCUAUGCGUAUAUCUUCUGCAUUCUACGAUAUUUUGGGUUAAUGUUUUUGUGGUAGUUCUAACAAAGUGUGCAAAUUGCUUAAUGUUGGAAGUGUUUUUGAAAAAGUAUGAAGACAAAGGAUCUUACAUGUUCAAGUUUUGUAAUGUGCCCAUAGAUUGGAAAAGAAAGACUUGUGUAAAUAAACAUUGUAAAUUUUGAGCAUUGCAUAAGGUGAACAAAGAUAGGUGCGAGGCAUCGGGUUCUGGAACCAAGCGUCAAAUUACUUUAGAUGUAAACAUUUUUUUUUUUUUUUUUUUGCAAGAAAGGUAAGGACGAGAAAACUAAAGUAGCCAAGGACACAAAUUGCUGUUUUGUAAAAGUGAACGUAAAACUUAACCAUCCAGCCAUAAGGGAAUGGCUGAAAAAAUAUGUGAAAUGAAGGUGAACUUUUUGAAAGUUUGUAACUACAUCAUAUGUUAAGUAAAAAUAAGAUUCUGAAUUCCAGUGUA